AUGAGCCAAGGUCAUGAAUGGAUCAUGAUGUCAUGAGCAAAAGAAUCAAAAGAUGUCGAAUACUGUGAAUUCGUAAUAUGACUGACAGCAAAAAUACAUCAACAUUUUUAUGUUUUCAAUUUUUCUUUGAGUGAUUUUUCAGACAUACAUGUAAAAAUAAUAAGCAGAUAUAAACUACAACUUUCACUUGCUUAAUUUUAUUAUGGCGGAAGUAGCAGUAGAUGUUAGCGGAGAAAUGGACCCUCCGAUAAACUCCACGAAACCUAGAACUUUUCCCAGCUUUCUUCAAUUCCCUAAUGAAAUUCCAGAUCCCAAAGAAUGGAUUCAACAACAGAGGCAAAAUGUUAGACCUUGGCUAGUUUUCUUACAAUCAUCAAAUUUUCGUUUUCCCCCUUCAGUACCUAGACUUGGUAAAAGAAUUAUACGUAAUAUAGAAUAUUUUCAAGCAAAUUACUUAUUUGUGUUUCUUGGUUUAAUUCUGUACUGCCUAGUUACUUCACCUCUAAUUUUGUUAGCAUUAGCAGGAACAUUUUAUGCAGGGUAUAAAAUAAAUCAAAGACAUUUACAUAAUAAGCUAGUAUUAUAUGGAAAGGAAAUACCACUUGCUCAUCAAUAUGUUAUACUUGCUGUAUUUUCAUUCCCAGUAUAUUAUUUAGUAGGAGCUCAUGGUGCUAUAUUUUGGGUUAUAGGGGCUUCAAUUGUAAUCAUUACUCUACAUGCUGCUUUUUACAAUGUUGAAGCACUGAUUCCAAAAACAGAUGAUGAAUUUCCUUUGCUUGAAGAAGUAUAAUAUUGUUUUUAUAAAAAAUUAUAAUUUUGUACAUAUGAAGUAUUUUAUAUUGAACUUUAAUAUAAUUUUACAUAUACUGUA